CAUAAAAAAAACACACCGAACACACACAACGCACAACACACGAACAACGAGCUACAAAACCACACACAAAAGACACAUCAACCCUUCCAAGUAACAGCAGCCAAGCGAGAUCACCGAGGAGAUCAGUGUGAAGGGGGCGAGCGCGAGAAAAGGCGAGGAUCAGCAGCGCAACUCCAAGGCCGCUCCAGGUGCCCGGCCACAGCCACAGCAACCUUCAGCCUCCCCUCCCUGGGUGUGUGAUGAUCAUGGCGUCGUUCAAUGGUGGUAGUGCCGCGGGCGGCGGCGGAGGAGGCGGUGGCCAGGACGGGCCGCACAACAAACGACUCUGCACCGGCCAGGAGAUGGGCGAAGUGCCGCUCAAUAGUCGGAACAACAACAACAACAUCAACGUCACAGACGAACCGCGCCGGAAGCGUGACGUUGCGACGCGCCCGAACCACAUCCUGCUGUUCACGAUCCUCAACCCGAUCUAUCCGAUCACAGUGGACGUCCUGUACACGAUCUGUCAUCCCAAUGGCCAAGUGCAGCGCAUCGUGAUAUUCAAGAAGAACGGUGUCCAAGCGAUGGUUGAGUUCGACAGCAUAGAGUCGGCCACGCGCGCAAAAGACAGCCUGAACGGAUGCGACAUCUACUCCGGUUGCUGCACACUGAAGAUCGACUAUGCGAAGCCAGAAAAACUCAAUGUUUACAAAAACGACAGUGACUCCAGUUGGGACUACACGCUGGCCGCUACCACGGUCAAGGAGGUCGGUAACGGACGUUCGCCCCUGCUCCAGGAUCCAACGCUCUUCGGUGGACGCCCACAGCCGUACAAACCCGCUCUGCUAGGGGUUGGCGGAGGAAAUGGGUUUCCACCGAACUUUUCGCCACCGGAUUUCCAUCCGUCGGAAAACUGGAAACCGGCCGCGGCCGGGACGCACGUCGGUCUGAUGAAGGACCCACCGCUGCCACGGAACGGACCGACCAACUUCAUCCAGCCGACACAGCAACAGGGAGCAGUUAUGAUGGUUUACGGGCUCGAUAACGGAACGGCCAACACCGAUAAGCUGUUCAACUUGUUCUGCCUGUACGGCAACGUGGUCCGGAUAAAGUUCCUGAAGACAAAGGAAGGCACCGCCAUGGUACAGAUGGGUGACGCCAUCGCCGUCGAGCGUUGCGUCCAGCACCUGAACAACAUUCCAAUAGGAAAUGAUGGCAAAAUUCAGAUCGCAUUUUCCAAGCAAAACUUCCUGUCCGAGGUCACCAACCCGUACACGCUGCCGGACCACACGCCCAGCUUCAAGGAGUACACCGGCUCGAAGAACAACCGUUUCCUGUCGUUGACUCAGGCGAGCAAAAAUCGCAUCCAACCGCCAAGCAAGAUUCUUCACUUUUUCAACACCCCACCGGGUCUGACUGACGAGCAGCUGAUUGCUGCGUUCGCCGUCAGCGAUUGCCACCCGGCCCAGGUCCGCAUGUUCCCGCUGAAAUCGGAACGCUCGUCGUCCGGGCUGGUUGAGUUCCCGAGCGUUGCGCUAGCCGUCCAGGCGAUCAUGAAAUGUAAUCACACCGCCAUCGAUCACAAAGGCACAAAAUUUCCGUUCAUCAUGAAGCUCUGCUUUUCGUCCUCAAAAACGAUGAACGGGGCGUGGAACAAUGAGAACAUCGAGAACUUGAAGCAGGUUGGCGUUUCGGCCCCCACGACACCGGGCGCGGAAGACGAACCGAUGCAGGCACGAUAAGCAGCAGCCGCCAGUGUUGAGACAUCAUCAAGCAGAGUUUGGGGCAAAAAUGUGGCACCGCGUUAUUACAUCCAGGAGCAGCCUAGCGGGCCACAACACGACAACCAGCAGCAGCAGCAGCAGCAGCAGCAGCAGAGCUCAUCAUCAUCUUAAACCACCGUACUUGUGUGUCGAUGGCGCACAUUCAUGAAACCCCUUAUCAUCACCGUAGGUUCUACCAUCGCAUACGCUCUCCUAUCACCUACGCGUUGGGAAAGAAUCCCAUCAUCCCGCCAAUUGCCAGGGGCAGCUAAGGGCAAAUCUAUAUGGAUAAAGACAAACGCAGUGCAGAAUAAAUGCUUCGCCUAGCCCACAACAGUUGUGAUGAACAUUAGGAUUCGUCCAUCAAUACUACAAGAUUGAGAGAGAAAUAUUUUUAGGAAUGCAUCAAAUACGAACCCCGCGUGAAGAUAGUGCAUGUGAAAGGACUGGAACUAGGACAGGCGGCCGAACAUCAGUCUUCUUCUCACAGACAUACAGAGACUUCUCAACAAUCACCAGGGCAGCCCCACAAUCUUCGAUAGCGACCCGGUUUUCCGGCCGGUUUUUGGUGCAAGUUGAGAGUCUGAUGAACCGUGCACCGUCUAAAUGUUUACGCGCUGAUAUUUUAAUAUAGGCUAAAUGGGAAGCGACGUGCAAGAUGGCCGGACCGGAAAGGCUUUAUUUUGGGUAUCUCCCCGCUCCGUUCCCCCUUGAUUCCACACGGAAACCCCCGUAACAAUACCCCACAGAGAGUCACACAAUCAACUAGGAAAAGAAAAGACUGGCGGAAACAGAACCCUGCCGAUCGCCGAGCACAGAUGGGAAGCAAACGACGAACGGUCACGAAACUCAAGAGUCACGUGGAGCAACGGUGAAUGUGUUAGCUUUGAAACCAAAAACCGAUGGAGGGUAAAAUCAUUAAAAGGAAACACGUGUUGAUGCCGGAAGCGGUUGGCGAGUUGGCCUGCAAAUUCAAUGUGUGUUCGAUUUUUAAAUUAAGUUCCCCCUUUAUUGUGCAGAUCAUUUUCUCAUUUGUUGUUUCGUUCUCAUAAACUUAGUACCUUGUUUUCGCUUUUCGUUUCCGUUGAACUUUUGCCCCGUUCUCUUCUCUUCUCUGCUCUACUGCUACUCUCUAGAGACCUCUAGACGCUAGAAGCUACACACCACUUACACAAGAAAGAAGAAAAAAGACAUUAUUUAUUGUGUUUACUAAUAGAUUGUAGAAACCACAUGCACACGACCGCGGGAGAGGCAAAAUGAAUCAUUAAACUGCGCAGAGUAUGUGGAGAAUGGGUGCGCUGAUCGGACCAUUUCAUCGCGCUGAUGACGUGAUCGUGAUCGAGCCUCUCCCGUUGCGCAUGAUCGUUCGAUCGUUUUGUUUUUGUGAUGAAAGUAUGCAUGCGGAGUGUGAUCGGGGCAUAGGAAAUGAAAGCAGCCAAUUGUAUUUAAUGAGCGUGUUGUGUAUACGUUAGACAAAGGUAGAGUGAAACGAAGGUGUAGGCAUAAAAGAGGAUUGUAUUUGUUUUGCGACCCUUUUUUUUUAUUUGGUCCCUUUCGAGUUAGGCUUAGAGUUCAGAGGCAAUGUACCAAAAGUGAAACGUCUUGAGGGGGGCCAGAUCGCGUGGAAGAUCGGGCGACGAGCGCAAAUUGUUAGCGAACCGCGGGGGGUUAACAUACACCAGUCACCAACAAAACAAGCAUAACACAAUACGCGCCAGCUCUCGAUGCUCCAAUAGGUACACUUUGUGCGCCACCAACAUCAUUAACACACGUGACACAAUAAAACUCUACAAGCACUUAAGCACUCUACACAACAAAGUGCAACCGGCACGGUGAGUACACUACUCUGCUCAUCCUUUGUUUACCCCUAACACA